AUGUGAGAAGAAGCAAUCAGAAGAUUGGCAGGAUUUCAGAAUCUAUUUGAAAUAUUCAUUACCUAUUUGGAAUUGGUCUUAAAAAUUUAAAACAAUGUAAAGCUGAAUAAUUAAAGAUAAAAAAAUAAAGGAAGAAUACAAGGUUUCUAUGCUAUGAAGCAACUGAGAUUACUAUGAUUUUGGGGCAGUGAAUUUGUUUCUAGAAGUUUUGUUGGAACUAAGGCAAAAAGGAAGAAAAGCAAAUCACCUUGGAAUGAAAAACUUUAAGUUACUCCACUUAACCACUAUGAAUGAUAGCCUUGUCUCACCAACCCCAGCCCAUCAUCUGUUGGAGUUGGAGCUCACCCUUUAAAAAAGAAGAUCAUCCUAACUGCCCCUCAUGACUACUGCAGAGGCUACACCUGAAAAAGCAAAAUGUCCUACAUUAGAGAUCACCAAGCAAGACUUUUUUCAAGAAGCAAAAACUCUCAUUGCCCAACAUUAUGAGAAAAUAAAUGAGAAUAAAGUUCAAGGAACUUCUAUAAAUGUUUUCAGAAAGAAACACCAAAAGCCGAAAUCUGGUAAAUACAUACCUUUGGAGAUUGACAAAAAGGAAACACAUGAUGUGGUGCAAGAACAUCGGGCAGCACUCAGAAGGAUUUGCUUUCCCAAGGAGCUUUCCAAAAGUGAACAUCUUCAGGAACCCCCACAGCGAAUCUCCUUCAAGGAACCACACAUUUUUAGUAGAAGAGAAAGAUGCAGGCCCAUAGAUCUAAUUGUGAAAGGACAAGUUAAAUUGGAUAAAAUCAUGACUAUUAUUGAACCAGUGAGUAAAAAAAUGGAGACAGCAAAGCAACAGCAGUUUGAGGAGUCCAGUAACUGUGGUUAUGCAGGCGGCAAAACUGCUCGGGACGCAGUCCCAAUCCUGCUGGAGUUUGCAGCCCAUUGCCCGCAAGAGCUGCGUUUGGCAGGGUGCUUCCUGACAAAGAUGACAAGUAUGCUGCCAUCCAAGAGGCUUUUUCAAAUUACAAAGCCAGAUAGUAGCCCCCAUAUUGCAGAAGUCAAUCUUUGA